CAGAUAAAGAUCACGCUAGUAGUGGUGGACUCUGCUAUUUGUGGCCAAACUACACAAGGAUUUCUUAAAAAAUAACAUUUAGUUGUUUACAACCGUUAUUUGCAAAAAUUUCAUACGAAAAUACUGCGGAAAUACCGACUUCCAAUUUGACAAAAUUCCAAGAAUUCAAAUAGUUUCGAAAAUAGCGUUAACUUUCUUGACACUCGACUCGAGUAUAAAAUCCAGAUGCAUAAACCGUUGAAAACGCUAGAAAAUAAUAAACGUUUACGGCCUACUUGUUAAAUUACCAAAAAUUAACACUGUUUUCUUUAAUUUAUUUUACGAAAAUAAAAAGAAGUGCAGAGAAAAAUGCACGUUGAAAGACGUAAAAGAAAAAAGUAAGCAACAUUUGAUAAAUAUGGCAACGCUAACCAGUAACCCCCUCUAGGAUACCGUUGGGCUUAUUUCGAAUUCAAAACCAAACAGUCCAAACUGCUGUCGACGCUCAGUGCCUCACGUCACGUUAUCGGUGUGAGGCAAUUUUAUAGAAUAUUAAUUCACAUGUCUUAGAUACACGAGCAAAAGCUGACCAAGAACUAAUACUUGGCUCUUUUUAAAACACAAAAUGACUGGAAGAUAUCCUGGCAGUGUGAGGGGCAACCCUAGGCUUACACCACUGAUGAUGAGCAGUUUCUCGAGACUUCAUGAGAGUUCUCUUAAUCGGACAGCAGAUUCUGGCUACCAGUCCAGCUUUGCCUCAUUAACCAACUCUUUCACUCCAUCGUCAGAUGUCUCAGAUUCAUCAUCACGCCUUUAUUGCAGCACUCCACUCACCGAAGACUCAAUUUUACCCUACACAACAUCCAAUUUAGACCCAGUGCUAGAUACUCCUGUUCAAUCAGUUUCGUCAAGCAGGUCAAGUUUCACAGAAGAUCGGGUUCCUCUCAACAGGGGGACAACUGCCCUUGAUCAAGAUUCCACCGAGUGUCCAAAUGACGUUCUGAGUUGCUUGAUCAGAAGUCGCUGUACACCCUCCAUCCAAAGAAUCCUGAUGUACCUUGGCGAUGAAGAUCUCAUGAGGCUCUGUCAAGUUUCAGAUGAAUAUUGUGGAGCUGUAUGUGAUGAUCAAUCUUGCCUCAAACGGCUGUCGAAAUUUCUCAUUUGCACCCAGCAAAACGGUGAGAAUCGAACGACGUUGAGCCACAACAACGACGGCCGGCCUUAUGGAGGAGUCCUCCGCCCCAUUCAAAAUGUGAUGCCUCUAACGCAGAGUGGAGUCGUCUGGACGGUCCCGUCUCCGUUGGAAAGCGUCGACAUGAACAGCAUUCCUCGCCAGCUUCAGACACUGAUUGGUAUGACCAGGACAUUGUCUGAACAUCAUUGCGUCACAAAUUGUCACACUUGCCGUAGCCUCAUCGCCGUCCGGCUCCAUCAUCCCAAAUUGGUGGAAUGUCAACGCUGUUCUCAACGUUCCGGGCGUAAAAUCGGAAGUAGUCGGCCCGUUACGAAAGCGAAACUGUUUGCAACUCACAGAUGAGAAAUUGUUCCUCUUCAAAAUGUUUUUAUUUUUGUUUAUUUUCUCCUUCAUUCUUGUCUGUCCUAUUUUUUCAAUUUAUUUGAGCUCGCCCGAAUCGCACACGGCCCGGUCUUUUCUUUUUAAGGAAAAUACUCUUUUUGUACAUUGGUUUUUACAUUGCAAAUUAUUUUUCUUAUUGUGUCCUCUUUUGUUUAUACUAUAUUUAAUUUCUAUUUCGGUUUGGUACCAAACUUCAGAGAGCGUGAUUUUAUCUGUCAUGAAAAAAAAUUUCUUUCCUUUUUAUCAAUUGCUCAAUCGCCAUUUUGCUCAUCCGAAACUGCCUUUUUAAAAAACUUUGCAAAGAAGACCAACAACCUUCUCAUUCCAACAGAAAUUGGCAUUUCUCUUUCGUGCCUUGGCGCUAUACUCUUUUCAAACAAAUUUACCGAACAACUUUCUUUGGAAACAUAAUAAUGCUCUCCCUCUUUUAAGUAUGUGUCUAUACUCAUGUGUUGAUGCCAAAUAUAAUAAUCGUGAAUAAAUACAGAAUGCCAUAUUAUGAUGGGAAACACGA